GGGAAAUUAUAGAAUACGAUUUAGUUCGAGACGCGGCACGUCAAAGUCUAGUGAACGACUUUCUCUUGGGCCACUUUCUGAGAUCCACAAGUGCAGCGGACAAAUCUCUCUAUUAUGAUUCCUCAUUUUUGUUGUCCACCUAUUCCCUUUAUUUAGUAUAGAAUAGUUGGGAAGGUGGGCGACGCUGGGCGGCCACGCUUGGCACGGUGGGCGGACGCUUGGCACACAUGGGGGGCACGGUGGGUGCGCGCUGGGCGAGUAUAGCGUUGCCCCUCUGCUUCCGCCAAUGUACAGGGCCGCAGUCGAGGGCGGCGCGGCGCUGCGCUCCUUUGCGGAGUGGCCACAUUCUCGCUGCUUGCGGUGCUUCGCUGCUGUAUGCAGUGCCGCCUGGGUGUGUAUCGUGCGGCGCAGCGCUGCAGUGUGCCUCAGUGCUCUGCUGCAAUUUGCGGCCAGCGCUGCUGAGGGAUAUGCCCAGGCGGGCCAGUAGGUGGGCGCUCCGAUUCGUAUGCAGCUUGCUGCGGAUCCAGGACGCAUGCGCGUACGCUGCCGAGCGGCCUCAGAAAUGGGCGCCCGAAGGGCGCCCCGAUUUUUGCUCCUGGGUCUCAUGGUGGGCGCACGGUGGGCGAAAUCUUUCGCAGGAGACCCACUCUGGGGCGGCCCAGGGUGCCCACCGACCCAAUUCUGGCGAGGGAAUGAGCUUCCUGAUAUAUUAGUUGUACUAGAGACAGUCUACCUAGAAAUAGAUUGCCAGACUAUUCGAGACAGGUUGCGUGACUAUUCUCACGAGACGACUAUAGUUUCUAACUCUACUCCACCAAAGAGGAAAGGGGGACUCGGCGUUUCGUCUUGGCAGUGUUGAUCAUGAGAAGCCCCCUGUUUUGAUCAAGAGAAGUCGCCGGCUUUCAGUGCUAGAGUCGUAGGCUAAAAAGUGGCUAACUGUAAACUUUCCACCUCAAUCCCCAAGGAAUUCCCUCGGUUUUUACGGGGACAGCGACAGGCGACAGCGACGCUGACUGGCCCCCUAAUCCUUACUAUUAUAAUCACGAGACGACUUUUUUUGCUGUCUCUAUAAUUUCUAACUCUACUCUACCAAAGAGGAGAGGGAAAAGAACUUUGGUUGGCUUUCGCCGCGCGAUUUAGGGGACCAGUUCUGGGAAUGGGGCUCACUACCUAG